UUUUUUUUUGAUUAAAAUUUUGGGGUUCCGUGGCGGCGGUGCGGGGCCGGGGAAAGACAGGGGACACGGAGGCCGCCCUCGCUCCGCCGCCCCUCACCCGUUACUCCCCCCCACCCCGCGGCUCCGGGAGAUGUGCCGGGCGGGGGGCCCGGGUCCGCGGAGCCGCAGGAGAGACGCGCACGGCCGACCCCGGAGCGGCGCGGGACAGGCUGGUGGGCCAGGCCGUGUGUCCGCCUGGUGAUGCGGGGUCCAACCCCCUGCACCAGCCUCUGAGAGUACCCCCUGGCCUCCACCAUGGCCCGUCUGGCCGCUGCCACCUGGACCCUGUGCGUCACGGCUGUGCUGGUCACCUCGGCCACCCAAGCGGGCCUGAGCCGGGCUGGGCUACCUUUCGGGCUGAUGCGCCGGGAGCUGGCGUGCGAGGGUUACCCCAUCGAGCUGCGGUGCCCGGGAAGCGACGUCAUCAUGGUGGAGAAUGCCAACUACGGGCGCACAGACGACAAGAUCUGCGACGCCGAUCCCUUCCAAAUGGAGAACGUGCAGUGCUACCUGCCCGACGCCUUCAAGAUAAUGUCGCAGAGGUGUAACAACCGCACCCAGUGCGUGGUGGUUGCCGGCUCCGACGCCUUCCCAGAUCCCUGUCCUGGGACCUACAAGUACCUGGAGGUGCAGUACGACUGUGUCCCCUACAUAGAAGUGGAGCAGAAAGUCUUCGUGUGCCCAGGGACCCUGCAGAAGGUGCUGGAGCCCACGUCGACGCACGAGUCGGAGCACCAGUCUGGCGCGUGGUGCAAAGACCCGCUGCAGGCGGGCGACCGCAUCUACGUGAUGCCCUGGGUGCCCUACCGCACGGACACGCUCACGGAGUACGCGUCGUGGGACGACUACGUGGCGGCGCGCCACACCACCACCUACCGGCUGCCCAACCGCGUGGACGGCACGGGCUUCGUGGUGUACGACGGCGCCGUGUUCUACAACAAGGAGCGCACGCGCAACAUCGUCAAGUACGACCUGCGCACGCGCAUCAAGAGCGGCGAGACCGUCAUUAACACGGCCAACUACCACGACACGUCGCCGUACCGCUGGGGCGGCAAGACGGACAUCGACCUGGCGGUGGACGAGAAUGGGCUGUGGGUCAUCUACGCCACGGAGGGCAACAACGGGCGGCUGGUGGUGAGCCAGCUGAAUCCCUACACGCUGCGGUUCGAGGGCACGUGGGAGACGGGCUACGACAAGCGCUCGGCGUCCAAUGCCUUCAUGGUGUGCGGGGUCCUCUACGUGCUGCGCUCCGUCUAUGUGGACGACGACAGCGAGGCGGCCGGCAACCGCGUGGACUACGCCUUCAACACCAACGCCAACCGCGAGGAGCCCGUGGGCCUGGCCUUCCCUAACCCCUACCAGUUCGUGUCGUCCGUGGACUACAACCCGCGCGACAACCAGCUCUACGUGUGGAACAACUACUUCGUGGUGCGCUACAGCCUCGAGUUCGGGCCGCCCGACCCCAGCGCCGGCCCAGCUACAUCCCCGCCGCUCAGCACGACCACCACGGCCCGCCCCACCCCCCUCACCAGCACGGCCUCGCCGGCCGCUACCACCCCCCUCCGCAGGGCUCCCCUCACCACGCACCCGGUGGGGGCCAUCAACCAGCUGGGGCCUGAGCUGCCACCGGCCACCGCCCCGGCCCCCAGCACCCGGCGGCCCCCUGCCCCCAACCUCCACGUGUCCCCCGAGCUCUUCUGUGAACCGCGGGAGGUGCGGCGGGUGCAGUGGCCGGCCACCCAGCAGGGCAUGCUGGUGGAGAGGCCCUGUCCCAAGGGCACGCGGGGGAUCGCCUCCUUCCAGUGUCUACCCGCCUUGGGGCUCUGGAAUCCCCGGGGCCCCGACCUCAGCAACUGCACCUCCCCCUGGGUCAACCAGGUGGCCCAGAAGAUCAAGAGCGGGGAGAAUGCGGCCAACAUUGCCAGCGAGCUGGCCCGCCACACCCGGGGCUCCAUCUACGCGGGGGACGUGUCGUCGUCCGUGAAGCUCAUGGAACAGCUGCUGGAUAUCCUGGACGCCCAGCUGCAGGCCCUGCGCCCUAUCGAGCGCGAGUCGGCAGGCAAGAACUACAACAAGAUGCACAAACGUGAGAGGACCUGCAAGGACUACAUCAAGGCCGUGGUGGAGACGGUGGACAAUCUGCUGCGGCCCGAGGCGCUCGAAUCCUGGAAGGACAUGAACGCCACGGAGCAGGUGCACACGGCCACCAUGCUGCUGGACGUCCUGGAGGAGGGGGCCUUCCUGCUGGCUGACAACGUGCGCGAGCCGGCCCGCUUCCUGGCCGCCAAGCAGAACGUGGUCCUGGAGGUGACGGUGCUGAACACGGAGGGCCAGGUCCAGGAGCUGGUGUUCCCGCAGGAGUACCCGAGUGAGAACUCCAUCCAGCUCUCGGCCAACACCAUCAAACAGAACAGCCGCAACGGGGUGGUCAAGGUCGUGUUCAUCCUCUACAAUAACCUGGGCCUCUUCCUGUCCACGGAGAAUGCCACGGUGAAGCUGGCGGGCGAGGCAGGCGCAGGGGGCCCAGGGGGCGCAUCCCUGGUGGUCAACUCGCAGGUCAUUGCCGCGUCCAUCAACAAGGAGUCCAGCCGCGUCUUCCUCAUGGACCCUGUCAUCUUCACCGUGGCCCAUCUGGAGGUGAAGAACCACUUCAACGCUAACUGCUCCUUCUGGAACUACUCGGAGCGCUCCAUGCUGGGCUACUGGUCCACGCAGGGCUGCCGCCUGGUGGAGUCCAACAAGACGCACACCACGUGCGCCUGCAGCCACCUCACCAACUUCGCCGUGCUCAUGGCGCACCGCGAGAUCUACCAGGGCCGCAUGAACGAGCUGCUGCUGUCCGUCAUCACGUGGGUGGGCAUCGUGAUCUCGCUGGUGUGCCUGGCCAUCUGCAUCUCCACCUUCUGCUUCCUGCGGGGGCUGCAGACGGACCGCAACACCAUCCACAAGAACCUCUGCAUCAAUCUCUUCCUGGCCGAGCUGCUCUUCCUGGUGGGAAUUGACAAGACGCAGUACGAGAUCGCCUGCCCCAUUUUUGCUGGGUUGCUGCACUACUUCUUCCUGGCCGCCUUCUCCUGGCUGUGCCUGGAGGGCGUCCACCUGUACCUGCUCCUGGUGGAGGUGUUCGAGAGCGAGUACUCGCGCACCAAGUACUACUACCUGGGCGGCUACUGCUUCCCAGCACUGGUGGUGGGCAUCGCUGCGGCCAUCGACUACCGCAGCUACGGCACCGAGAAGGCCUGCUGGCUCCGAGUGGACAACUACUUCAUCUGGAGCUUCAUCGGGCCCGUCUCUUUCGUCAUCGUGGUGAACCUGGUCUUCCUCAUGGUCACGCUGCACAAGAUGAUCCGGAGCUCCUCUGUGCUGAAGCCCGACUCCAGCCGCCUGGACAACAUUAAGUCCUGGGCCCUGGGGGCCAUCACCCUGCUUUUCCUGCUGGGCCUCACGUGGGCUUUUGGGCUUCUGUUCAUCAACAAAGAAUCGGUGGUCAUGGCCUAUCUCUUCACCACCUUCAACGCCUUCCAGGGCGUCUUCAUCUUUGUCUUUCACUGCGCCUUGCAGAAGAAGGUGCAUAAGGAGUACAGCAAGUGUCUGCGCCAUUCCUACUGCUGCAUCCGCGCGCCGCCAGGGGGCGCCCACGGCUCCCUCAAGACCUCAGCCAUGCGGAGCAACACUCGCUACUACACAGGCACCCAGAGCCGAAUCCGGAGGAUGUGGAACGACACGGUGCGGAAACAGACGGAGUCGUCCUUCAUGGCCGGUGACAUCAACAGCACUCCCACCCUGAACCGAGGUACCAUGGGGAACCACCUGCUGACCAACCCGGUGCUGCCCCCUCGCGGGGGCACCAGCCCCUACAACACGCUCAUCGCUGAGUCGGUGGGCUUCAACCCCUCUUCGCCCCCUGUCUUCAAUUCCCCAGGGAGCUACCGGGAGCCCAAGCACCCCGUGGGAGGCCGGGAAGCCUGCGGGAUGGACACGCUGCCCCUCAACGGUAACUUCAACAACAGCUAUUCCUUACGGAGUGGGGAUUUCCCUCCUGGGGACGGGGUCCCCGAGCCCCCCCGGGGCCGGAACCUGGCCGACGCGGCGGCCUUUGAGAAGAUGAUCAUCUCCGAGCUGGUCCACAACAACCUGCGUGCUGCGGGCGGCGGCGCCAAGGGCCCCCCGGCCCCACCCGAGCCCCCCGUGCCACCGGUGCCCGGUGGUGGGGGCGGCGGCGGAGGAGGAGGAGGCGGGGCGGGCGGCGUGGAGGAGGAGGCAGGCGGUGGGCCCGGCGCUGACCGGGCCGAGAUCGAACUGCUCUACAAGGCCCUGGAGGAGCCGCUGCUGCUGCCCCGGGCCCAGUCGGUGCUGUACCAGAGCGACCUGGACGAGUCGGAGAGCUGCGCCGCCGAGGAGGGCGCCCCCAGCCGGCCGCUGUCCUCGCCGCCGGGCCGGGACUCCCUGUACGCCAGCGGGGCCAACCUGCGGGACUCGCCCUCCUACCCGGACAGCAGCCCCGAAGGGCCCAGCGAGGCCCUGCCCCCGCCCCCCCCCGCGCCCCCCGGCCCCCCGGAGAUCUACUACACCUCGCGCCCGCCUGCGCUGGUGGCCCGGAACCCGCUGCAGGGCUACUACCAGGUGCGGCGGCCCAGCCACGAGGGCUAUCUGGCGCCCCCGGGCCUUGAGGGGCCGGGCCCCGAUGGCGAUGGGCAGAUGCAGCUGGUCACCAGCCUCUGAGGGACCUCAAGGACCAGGGGCCCCGGCCCAGGAGGGGCCGGGCCUCUGGCAGGAGAGGGACUCUAGCCGUGCCGGGUUGGGGGUCCCCUGCACUCUGCGGGCACCCCCUCGGCCCGGGGCCCCCUUCCGGCCCCUCUGGGGCUCUGCCGUGGGGCCCCGAGGUGCAGGUUCAGACAGGGUUUACCACCACUCGCACCAGCUGUCGGGGGGCGGGGGCGGGGGGCAGCCUACCGUCGGGGUGUCCCGGCCGCCCCCAGCUCUCCUUGCUCCCCGCGCCCGGGUCGGGGCGAACCUAUUGCCGAGGGUCUGUCUUCGCCCGAAAUGCUGCGGCUGUGAGGGGGCCGCGGGCCGAAGGACAGACAGACAGGUUCCUCCUGUGCUCCCUGGAAAAGGCGCGGGGGAGGGGGGGAGGCGGACAACCUGUUGGGGGCUUUGCGCCCCCCUCCCAGAGAAAGCCCCCAGGGUCAUUGGGGUGGGCAGGAGGCUGGUUAUUUACAGGUGGAACUUUCUCGAAGCUCCUUCCCGCUGCUCUUCGUAGUCCCUGCCUUCCCUCCCCCCUCCAUGCACCUAAUAACCCCCUCCCUGGGGCGACCCCCGAUAAAGCACAACUCCCCCGCACGGCCCCCUCCGGGGGUCCAUAACUGGGCAGUGCCCAGUCUUGUGGGCUUGCUAUCCGGGGAGCAGGUUUGGGUCCUGGGCAAGGAUCCUUGUCCCCGGUGGGGGGGGCCCUUUUAUUCCUCCUCCUCUUCUCCCAUUGCUGUAAAUAUUUCAACAAAGUGGAAAAGAAAAAAAAGACAAAAAAAAAAGAAAAGAAAAAGAAACAAAAACCAACAAAGAAGAGAAUUAUCUCAUCACUUGAAGCCACCGGAGUCUGCGGCCCGGCCCGCCCCCACCCGGUGGCGGAGUGCGCGCCGCCCCCACCCGGCAGGCCGCCAGGACUCCUGUGCGCGCGCCCCAGCCGGGGUGGGCGGGGCCGCCCGAGCAGCUUUUUACAAACCCAGAGACAGAAAAACCUAGAAGCAACCGCCAACCCGAUCCCCUCCCUGGCACCGCGGCGCCCCCUGGCAUCGUGGGCCCGCCUGGGGCGUGUACCUCACUGCCUGCCCCAGGACGGGGCCUGCCUCCCCUCUCCCCGCCCCACCGGCACCCCCGGGGGAGGCGCCUCAAGCCCAAAGAUGCUUCUGCCCUGUGGCUGCGCGGCCCCACGCCCCCUUCCCCGCCUCCUGUGUUAGCUUCUGGGGCUGAUUUUCCACCUGGAGAGGUGGGUGGGAGAGGGCGGCGGGGCGCUGAUGGAAGGCCGGGGUCAAGGUAAGAGACGGCUUUCCCUGUCCCCCACCGCCCCUAAGGGUGAGGCCCAGUUAGGGUCUGCUCGCAGGACACCCGAGCUUGGGGCGGGGAGAGUCCCCCCCAAGUCCGCAGGCCCCGAAGGCAGCAGGCUUGGGGUGUCUUCUGAGACCCUCUCUCCGCCCUACUCUACAGCCUGCCCGGCCCCAACCCCCUCCGUGUCUGGGGGCGCCCCUGUGCCCCGCCCGCCCAGCGCUCAUUGCCAUUUCCUCCGACACCCUCCCACCCCGUCUCGUGCCCCCCUCUUCUCACAAGUGCCAUGAGGUUUCAAACAUCACGGGGGGCAGGGGGUCCCUCGGCCUGCCGCUGCCCUCAGUCCCUUGGGGAGCAGGGGGAGAGGAGCACUAGGGCGGGGAAGGGACGGACAGGCAGGUGGCUGGAGGGACCCUUUUGCUGCUAGAAAGCCCCUCCUUUGUCCUGGGGAGCGGGGCCGGCUUGCGCCAGCAGUCAGGGAGCAGGGUCAGACCAAAGACGCUUGUUUGCUCCGCGGGGCGGGUGGGCUCCAGAGCCAGCAGCUUCCUUUUAGAAAGGCGCCGCCAGGCUGAUGUCUGGAGCAGAUGGGGUGGGAAGCGGUCCGGAAAGUUAGAACUCAGAAAGAGGCUGACCCGGCCCAGCAUGAGUGUCCUCCCAUCGCCCCAGCUGGGGGCGACGGGCACAGGAACAUCUGCCUCUUGUCUCCAGGUAGUGGGGACUGGGUUCCUAGGUGGACCCCAACCUUGGCGCUUGUGGCAAUGCCCCCUGGUGGGGCUGGUCACCACUGCUGUCCAGUGCAAAAGCCCCCAGUGCCCAGGUGUCCCCCCGAUCCUGACCAGACCUGGUGCCUUGACACCCCACCUCAACGGGGGAUGGACGAGAGAGAAGGGUCUGCUUCCUCUGCUCCCCCUCGGGCUCCUGGAUUCAUUUGCUUUUUCAACCUGACCUUUUUUCUCUGGGUGGUUUUCUUUUUCCCUUUUAGUUUUCCUUUAACAUGUUGGUUUCCCCCUCCCUGUGUCUCGCCUCCUUCCAGCCUCCCUUCUUGCUGUCUCUGUUCCUCCUCGCUUCCCACCCCAACUUCUCUCUGUCCAUCCGGGCCUCCUCCGCCCCCCCCCCCUUCCGUCUCCUUUUCGAUAUGCCAAACCAAUUUUGGGUCGAGUGCAUUUAACGAGAACAAAACAAAAAGGCUCAUAACAACAAGAAAGUUUCAGAAAAAAACAAAAAGUUUAAAAAAAUUACUGAGUCGAUGAAAAUCAAACAAUAAAGAAAUUAAGAUUUCUUGGAA